AGGUUUCAGUAGCGGCGCUGCGCGCAAGCCGGGAACACGAAACCGAGAGCCGCAGCCCAAGCCAUCUCAGUGCAGUGUAGUCGGGGCACUAACCCGCUUGCAGCCCCAGGAUUAGUAGGAGGACAAGUCUUUAGCGCGGCCGCCGCCCAGCCGCCCUCACCUGGAUUACUCACCGCGGCAGCUAGAGCCCAGCUAGCGAGAAGGCGCGGGCCGGAGGUGCAGCGUCCAAGCAGAACCCGGCUUUUCAGAGACCCCUGCCGCUGGCGGACGCGCGGGAAAGCGGCAUUUGGAGCAGAGCUGGCUGGAGGGCCCGCGGGUGGAGAGAGCGAAGCCCCUGGGGAUGGCGGCCGCGACCUGGAGCGCCUCUGGAUGGGCUCUACUGCUGCUGGUGGCACUUUGGCAGCAGCUCGCGGCCGGCUCCGGCAUCUUCCAGCUGCAGCUGCAGGAGUUCGCCAAUGAGCAAGGCGUCCUAGCCAGCGGGCGAUCGUGCGAGCCCCGCUGCCGGACCUUCUUCCGCGUCUGCCUGAAGCACUUCCAGGCGGUGGUCUCGCCGGGGCCCUGCACUUUCGGCAGCGUCUCCACGCCAGUGUUGGGCACCAACUCAUUCGCCGUCGGGGACGACAGUAGCGGAGGGGGCCGAAAUCCUCUCCAGCUACCUUUCAAUUUCACCUGGCCGGGUACCUUCUCACUCAUCAUUGAAGCUUGGCACGCACCGGGAGACGACCUGCGGCCAGAGGCCUUGCCAGCAGAUGCGCUCAUCAGCAAGAUCACCAUCCAGGGGUCCCUAACUGUGGGCGAGAACUGGUUACUGGAUGAGCAGACCAGCCCCCUCACAAGGCUGCGCUAUUCUUACCGGGUCAUCUGCAGUGACAACUACUACGGGGAUAGCUGCUCACGCCUGUGCAAGAAACGCAAUGACCACUUCGGCCACUACGUGUGCCAGCCAGAUGGCAGCUUGUCCUGCCUGCCCGGCUGGACUGGAAAAUACUGCGAUCAGCCUAUCUGUCUUUCUGGUUGUCAUGAGCAGAAUGGCUACUGUAGCAAGCCAGCGGAGUGCCUCUGCCGCCCAGGCUGGCAGGGGCGCCUAUGUGACGAAUGUAUCCCCCAUAAUGGCUGUCGCCAUGGCACCUGCAGCAGCCCCUGGCAAUGUACCUGUGAUGAGGGAUGGGGAGGCCUGUUCUGUGAUCAAGACCUCAACUACUGCACCCACCACUCCCCAUGCAAGAAUGGGGCGACGUGCUCCAACAGUGGGCAGCGGAGCUACACUUGCACCUGUCGCCCAGGCUACACUGGCGUGGACUGUGAGCUGAAGCUCAGCGAGUGUGACAGCAACCCCUGUCGCAAUGGAGGCAGCUGUAAGGACCAAGAAGAUGGUUACCUUUGCCUAUGUCCCCCUGGCUACUAUGGCUCACAUUGUGAACACAACACCUUGAGCUGCACUGACUCCCCUUGCUUCAAUGGGGGGUCCUGCAGGGAGCGCAACCAGGGGGCCAGCUAUGCCUGUGAAUGCCCCCCUAAUUUCACAGGCUCCAACUGUGAGAAGAAGGUGGACAGGUGUACCAGCAACCCAUGUGCCAAUGGGGGCCAGUGCUUGACCCGAGGCCCAAACCGCCUGUGCCACUGCCGUCCUGGAUUCACAGGCGCCUACUGUGAACUCCCUAUCAGCAACUGUGCCCGCAGCCCUUGUGCCCAUGGUGGCACUUGCCACGACCUGGAGAAUGGGCUUGUGUGCACCUGCCCUCCUGGCUUCUCAGGCCGGCGCUGCGAGGUGCGGACACCCAGCGAUGCCUGCGCCUCAGGGCCCUGCUUCAAUGGGGCCACCUGCUACUCUGGCCUCUCCCCAGACAACUUCAUCUGCAAUUGCCCCUACGGCUUUUUGGGCAGCCGAUGCGAGAUCCCUGUGGAUGUGCCACCCAGCUUCCCCUGGGUGGCUGUCUCUUUGGGUGUGGGCCUGGUGGUGGUGCUGGUGUUGCUGGGCAUGGUGGCUGUGGCUGCGCGGCAGCUGCGGCUCCGGCGGCCGGAUGAUGACAGCAGGGAGGCCAUGAACAACUUGUCGGACUUCCAGAAGGACAACCUGAUCCCUGCCACCCAGCUCAAGAACACAAACCAGAAGAAGGAGCUGGAAGUGGACUGUGGCCUGGACAAGUCCAAUUGUGGCAAGCAGCAGAACCAUACAUUGGACUAUAAUCUGGCCCCAGGACUCCUGGGGAGGGGAACCAUGCCUGGGAAGUAUACCCACAGUGACAAGAGCUUAGGGGAGAAGGCGCCACUGCGGUUACACAGUGAAAAGCCAGAGUGUCGGAUAUCAGCGAUAUGCUCCCCCAGGGAUUCCAUGUACCAGUCCGUGUGUUUGAUAUCAGAAGAGAGGAAUGAAUGUGUCAUUGCCACGGAGGUAUAAGGCAGGAGCCUAAGCAGGACAUCCCAGCUACGGCCCAGCAGCUGGACCUUCCUUCUGCAUUGUUUACAUUGCAUUCUGGAUGGGACGUUUUUAAUAUGCAACGUGCUGCUCUCAGGAGGAGGAGGGAACGGCAUGAACUGGAUAGACUGUGAACUUGCCAAGAGAUGCAACACCCUCCCACACCUUUGGGUGUCUGUCUGGCAUCAGAUUGGCAGCCACGCCAGCCAGGGGAACACAGGAGAAGAGAGGUGCCACUUGGACCUGCCCCGGCAGUGGUCUUCGUAGAGUUCCUCCUGGGGCUUUGACCUCUUUUCCAGAGGGAGUGGCAGUGGGCUUUUGGGGCCUGGGGCUGCUGUGGCCUCCACUGGCGUCUGUGUUAACAAAGGUGCCUUUGGCCCAGGCUUUCUGGCGAUAGCUGGGCCCAAAUCAGAAAGGAGAGAGGGGACCAACAAGGACAGGGCCCCACAUGGGCCAGAACACCAUUGGCUUUUGGCAGGGGUUGCUCUGUAAGUGAGAUGAGCACCUGAAGGAAGAGGAGCACUUUUUGCCCCGUGCCUCCAACUACUGCAUUGGGCCUUGCUCAUGACACCACCCCAACCUCUCUCCCUGGCCCAGGCGCUCUGGGCAAAAGGUUGGUAAGGCUUACCAGGCUUUCUCUAGCCUCUAGCACUGGGUGCUUCUGGGGUCCUGUGAGUAGACAGGUGGAGGACCUGCCUCUUCUGCCAGCCAGAGGCACCAGGUCUACCUGGGGAGCUCAGGGGAAUUAUGUUGGAAAUUCUAAUGAGGGAAAAAUGGGUGCUGCUGCCACUUGGGCCCUUUCUUCCCUCAGACCCAUCUCUCCGGCCUUGAGCCUGGGCUUUGCCCAUGCCCACUACUGCCCCCAGACCAUCUUUGAAGCCGACCUUCAGAAAUCAAUAAUAUGACUUUUUAUUUUGUUUGUUUUUUGUAGUUUAUUUUGGAGUCUAGUAUUUCGAUAAUUUAAGAAUCAGAAGCACUGACCUUUCUACAUUUUAUAACAUUAUUUUGUAUAUAAUGUGUAUUUAUAAUAUGGAACA